ACCUAAAGACGGCGAAGAAGUAGCAGCAGCUGUGCGUUGAACUGGGCUGCUCCUGAAAUAAUAUUUAUCGGACAAAAGGGGGAAAUAUUCACUGGUUGUUUUAUUAAGAAUGCCUCGGUUGUGGGUCCGUUUGCCGCCUGACAACCUUUUCCGUCGCCUCCGGGCGUCAGAGUGACCGAAGCUAGCGGGCUAGCUGGCUGCAGCUCGACCUGCCGUAUGAUAUUGACGCACCUUGCUCGGGAAUACAGCUGCUUUUCAAGAGAAGCGACCGAAUGCCGCCUCACUCCAACAUGGACAAAGACGAAGCGGACCGGCUGAUAGAGAAGGCCAAGCUGUGUUUACGGUGCGGGCAGAACUCUCGAGCGUUGCAACUGCUGUACGAAGCCCAGAACAUCUACCCGAGCACCCGGGCCAGAGUGCUCAUCGAUGCCAUCGUUCGAGAUGGAGGCGCAGCUGCUCCGGACACAAAUCACGUUCCACCACCAGCAGGCUGGAGAGACGAGGACAUCCAGAACAACGAGUCGACUCACAUGAAUGGACAUGAAAACAAGAGCUACACUGAAGACCAGCGUCAGGGUGUCCUCAGAAUAAAGAAAUGCAAGGACUUCUACGAGAUCCUUGGAGUUCCCAAAAACGCCAGCGAUGAGGAUCUGAAGAAGGCUUACAGAAAGUUAGCGCUGAAGUUCCACCCCGACAAGAACUUUGCUCCUGGAGCCACAGAUGCAUUUAAAGCGAUUGGUAAUGCGUACGCCGUGUUGAGCAGCCCGGAGAAGAGACAGCAGUACGAUCAAUACGGGGAUCAGUCUGCGGCCUCAAGCGCCUCCCAACAGACACACGCCCACAGUCGCCACGGCCACUACCGGACCUUCCACAGAGACUUCGAGGCCGACAUUUCUCCUGAGGAGCUUUUCAACAUUUUCUUUGGCGGACGCUUCCCUACAGGAAACGUCCACGUGUACACCAACCAGGGCGCCUCCUACUCCCAGUUCUACCAGCCUCGUCGUCGACGUGCUUUCGAGAGACGUGAGGAGGUGGUGGAGGAGAACCAGAGUCAAAACACCUUCACAGCGCUGCUGCAGCUGCUGCCGGUGCUGGUGCUCAUCCUCAUCUCGGUGUUCACGCAGAUGAUGGCCACUAACCCGCCCUACAGCCUCUUCUACAAGCCGGCCAUGGGGCUGGUGGUGUCCAGGGAAACGCAGCACAUGGGCGUGCCCUACUACGUGGACAAAGGGUUCGAGAAGGAGUAUCGCGGGGCGGCCUUGGACGAACUGGAGAAGACCAUCGAGAGCGACUACAUUGAGCACCUUCAGAGCAGCUGCUGGAAGGAGAAGCAGCAAAAGUCCGAUUUGGCGAAUCUGGGUCAGCUGUACCGAGACGAGCGCUUGAAGCAGAAGGCCGAGUCCAUGAGACUGGACAACUGCGACAAACUGCAGCGACUGGUCUCACGUCAGAGAGGAAAAUGAGAGUUUUUUUGUUUUUGUUUUUUUAACGGACUGUUCCUGAACUCCACAUUCAAACUCACGGCGGGAUUUAUCAAACAAAAGGUCAAGUUCUGGGCUCCGGAACGCCGCAGCUGGAAAACAAUGUGCCUUUUUCUCCCGUCAGUAGAAACCCGAGCUGCUCGAACCCGGACAUGAAGCACCAAGUCCCAUAUUGAACUUUCUUAUAGAAAUGACAAAUCCAAAGGCGACUCUGGUUCCGGGGUCUGUCAUGUUAAAUUUGUUUAGUAUUUAUUUUGUUUGUUUCUGCUGCGAUUUUUUUGAAGGUUUUAUUUAUUAAUUGACUCUUCAGUAUUAUUAUUACAAAAGUCAGACGUGAAAUAUUAACUUAUUUAGCGACACUCCAGAGGUACGGUGGAGAUGUUUAACUUUUUUUGGGGUCAAGUUGCAACUUCCUCGCUGAGUUGUGAGAGAGCGUCGGUGGCACUCAAGCAGGAAAUAGGAACACUACGUUUGCACUGUGAACAGGACCUUUUUUUUUUUUACCUGCGUCAAUGUUCAGAGACCAUGCGCAAAGUUUCCAAAAAAAAACAUUUUGACACAAUCUUGUGAACAUGAAAACACACGUUCUGAAUGAAAAUGAGUCCUUCACUUUUCUUCAUAAUUUAAACUUUUCUUGCAUAAUUAUUUUAUCUCUAAUUUGGAACUCUUUUCGUCUGUAUUUAUUUAGUUGUGUUCCUAUGUGUCAGUAUUAUCGAAGGCUGCGCUCAGAUGUGAUUCAUUCAUUCAAAUUUACAUGCGAUCGUCGUGAUGCGUUCAGGUUCAUCACAGGCACUUUUAUGUUAUGAAUCAAACGUUUGUCAUUGUUGCAUGCGCUGAGUCUUUUAUUAGUUUCCCAUUUUGGUUUUUUAAAAAAAAGGGAUUGAGGUCAGAACCAGGUCCCAGUCAGACAUCACAUGACACCUUGUUUCUCGCCAAAAAUAACAGAAUAAAAGAUGUAA